AUGUCCUACACUAGUAGUAAAUAUUAUAUUCACUUGCCUUUCAUUUCAUGUUUUCAGGCAGAAAAUCUGUUUCAGGAACUUCAAGAACAUUUUCAAGCUCUUACUAUAACAUUAAACAUCAGGCUAGAAGAAAUGGGGAAUCAUAUUGAGGACUUACAGAAGAAUGUAAGUGACUUAAUGGUGCAAGCUGGGAUUGAAAAACCUAUUAAGGAACAAAUGGUAAGGUCAUCGUUAGGACAUUAUGUUUACCUUCUGCACUUCUUUUGA